UUGAUCCUCUACAGUGGUCAGGGGAAGCUUCACGAAAGCACCUCACAAACACUGCAUUUCCUAGUGAAUCAAGCUCACCUCACUGCUCUGAAUCUCAGGGAGGUCUCAGAUUAUUUUGAUACAACUAAGCAGGUUGGCCUUGCUGCUGAUCUAUCAUUCUUGCCGCCGGAUUUCGGAGACCAAAUCGAUCAUGUUAAAACCAAACUCACUAGUGCUUCUCUUCUUCUUUCCAAUAAGACUGAUCACAACUCACACAACAUACAACAAGGAUUAGACACAAUGAGAUUGGCCCUUAUCAUUGUUUCUGCUGUUAUGCUCUCUGUUACAUUUGCUGGAUUCUUAUGUUCCUUACUUGGGAUACAGUGCCUUGUAUACUUCCUAGUAGUUAUUGGAUGGAUUCUAGUUGCAUGUACCUUCAUACUUUGUGCUGGAUUUCUCUUUCUUCAUAAUGUGAUUGGGGAUACAUGUGUUGCAAUGGAUGAGUGGGUGCAGCAUCCAACUGCACAUACAGCUCUGGACGAGAUUCUUCCAUGUGUAGAUAACUCAACUGCACAACAAACCUUGCUAGGAAGCAAGGUUGUGAUUGGUCAAAUAGUUGAUGCAAUAGAUCUCUUCAUUUCGGAUGGUCUGAACCAAGACCUUCCAUUACUCGAAUUCAACCAAUCGGGUCCUGAAAUCCCUCUUGUGUGCAACCCAUUCCAGAGUUGCAACAAGCUGCAACAAGUGACAUUGCAAGAUGCCAAUGCUGUGUGGAAGAAUUACACAUGUAAAGCUUCUUCAUGGGGAAGGUGUGUGAGUGUUGGUAGAAUGACUCCAACAGUGUACACACAAUUAGGGGCAUUAGUGAAUGUGACGUAUGGUUUAUAUCAUUAUGGACCGUUUUUGAGUGAUUUAGUGGACUGCACUUUUGUCAGGGAAACCUUCUCAGCCAUAACACACAAUUAUUGCCCUUCACUAAGCUUGUUUACUAAAUGGAUUUACUUUGGAUUACUGGUGGUUUCUGUAGCCGUAAUGUUCUCUUUGAUUUUCUGGAUCAUCUACCACACACACCACCGCCAUCGUCGCUACACCAAAACCAUGCGUUACAUUGUCAGAUAG